AAAGUUUUAUAUAGUGGAGGUCGUUCUUGGAGAUUAAGAAGGCUAGACUGUGUGAGAGAGAUUUUUCUUUUUGAUUUUUUUUUUUUUUUUUUUUUAAUUUUCUAUAUCAUUUUCUUGAAGGUUGCAAUUUGCAUGCGAAAGCCUCACAAGUUCAAUCUUACUUAUAUAUAAUGCAGAAAAUGGAUACCGAGGAUGUGAGAGUGAUUAACCAUGAUCAUAACCGCCACCACCGCUAUCACCACCACCACUACUCUGACACAGAUAUAGUUGGAAUAGACAGGACAGCUCUAAGUGGCCCAUUAAGUGGACCUCUAACAAAGAAAGCUGAACCGAAGAGUGCCCGAUUCAACGUCUCCCAACCCACCACCACCAAUAGUACACCUGGUGGCAGCAUUGGCUCCUCCGAUGAGAACACCUAUGUCGAGAUCACUCUCGAUGUUCGUGACGACUCUGUUGCCGUUCACAGCGUCAAGACCACCACCGGAGCCGAUGUGGAAGAUCCUGAGCUGUCCAUGCUUGCCAAAGGCCUGGAGAAGAGGUCUUCUUUCGGCUCCUCGGCUGUCAGAAAUGCUUCGUUGCGAAUAAGGCAGGUGUCUCAAGAGCUCAAGCGCUUCGCUUCCUUUUCCAAACGAGGCCACACGGGUCGCUUUGACAGAACCAAGUCGGCCGCAGCUCAUGCCUUGAAGGGGCUCAAGUUUAUCAGCAAGACUGAUGGUGGCGCUGGAUGGGCCGCGGUGGAGAAGCGGUUCAAUGAACUCACUGCUUCUUCCACCGAUGGCUUGCUUCCCCGUUCGGUCUUCUGCGAAUGCAUAGGAAUGAAUAAGGAGUCAAGAGAGUUUGCAGGUGAGCUCUUCGAUGCACUUGCCCGGAGGCGGAAUAUAGUGGGUGAUUCGAUCAACAAGGCACAGCUGAAAGGCUUUUGGGACCAAAUCUCGGAUCAGAGCUUCGACUCUAGGCUUCAAACCUUUUUCGACAUGGUUGAUAAAGAUGCAGAUGGAAGAAUCACUGAAGACGAAGUCAGAGAGAUUAUCAUCCUUAGUGCUUCUGCCAACAAGCUCACGAAUAUCCAGAAACAGGCCGGGGAAUAUGCGGCCUUGAUCAUGGAAGAGUUAGAUCCAGAGAAUCAUGGAUACAUCAUGAUAGAAAACUUGGAGAUGCUAUUGUUGCAAGCUCCGAACCAUUCUGCAAGAGGCGAAAGCCGGAACUUAAGCCAAAUUCUGAGUCAGAAGCUCAAGCCCACUCAAGAGAACAAUCCGUUAACGAGAUGGUAUCAGGACUUCAAGUAUUUCUUGCAGGAUAAUUGGCAGAGGGCUUGGGUUAUCGCCCUCUGGAUUGGGGUUAUGUUGGGGCUAUUUGCAUACAAGUUUGUGCAGUAUCGGAAUAGAGCUGCAUAUGAGGUCAUGGGUCAUUGUGUUUGUAUGGCAAAAGGUGCAGCCGAGACCCUCAAGUUGAACAUGGCUCUGAUUUUACUACCAGUCUGCCGAAACACCAUCACCUGGCUCAGAAACAAGACCAGACUAGGCGUCGCCGUUCCAUUUGAUGACAACCUCAAUUUCCACAAAGUAAUAGCAGUGGCAAUUGCAAUUGGGGUGGGAAUACAUGGGAUUUAUCAUUUAGCGUGUGAUUUUCCUCGCCUUCUUGACGAAGAUCAUGAGAAAUAUGAUGAGCUGAUGAAGCAAUAUUUCGGGGACCAGCCUUCAAGUUACUGGCAUUUCGUAAAGGGAGUGGAGGGGGUGACAGGGAUUGUGAUGGUAGUGUUGAUGGCAAUAGCCUUUGCACUCGCGUCGCCAUGGCUGAGGCGAGGCAAGCUCAAUCUGCCCAAACCUCUCAAAAAACUCACCGGCUUCAACGCCUUCUGGUAUUCACACCACCUCUUCGUUAUCGUUUACGCUCUUCUCAUCGUGCAUGGCAUCAAGCUUUACUUGACCCAUGAAUGGUACAAGAAAACGACCUGGAUGUACUUGGCAGUUCCAACUAUGCUAUACGCGGGUGAAAGAUUCAUUAGAGCAUUUAGAUCUAGUAUCAAGCCUGUCAAGAUCCUAAAGGUGGCUGUUUAUCCCGGAAAUGUUUUGGCAAUUCACAUGUCAAAGCCUCAGGGCUUCAAAUACAAAAGUGGACAAUACAUGUUUGUCAACUGUGCUGCUGUUUCUCCAUUUGAGUGGCACCCAUUUUCUAUUACUUCAGCCCCGGGAAAUGACUACCUGAGUGUUCAUAUCCGCACUCUUGGCGAUUGGACUCGACAACUCAAAACUGUAUUCUCACAGGUGUGUCAGGCACCACCUCGUGGGAAAAGUGGUCUCCUCAGAGCAGACUGUUUGCAAGGAGAGAACAAUCCAGGUUUUCCAAGAGUGUUGAUUGAUGGUCCGUACGGAGCACCAGCACAAGACUACAAGAAAUACGAAGUGGUGUUGCUAAUAGGGUUAGGAAUCGGGGCAACACCGAUGAUCAGCAUUGUGAAGGACAUUGUGAACAACAUGAAGGCCAUGGAAGAGGAAGAUAAUGCUUUAGAGUAUGGAGUGGCUGGUGGAGGCAACACACCGCCAACUUCUAGUCCCAUGACACUAAAGCAAAAGGCCGGAUCGGGUAGUGGUGGCAGUAAUUUCAGGACAAGAAGGGCAUACUUCUACUGGGUUACACGGGAACAAGGCUCAUUUGACUGGUUUAAAGGGGUGAUGAAUGAGGUUGCUGAAAUGGAUCACAAGGGAGUGAUAGAGAUGCACAACUAUUGCACUAGUGUCUACGAAGAAGGUGACGCUCGCUCGGCUCUCAUUGCCAUGCUUCAGUCACUCAACCAUGCCAAGAAUGGCGUCGAUGUUGUCUCUGGUACCCGUGUCAAGUCCCAUUUCGCCAAGCCUAAUUGGCGCAAUGUCUACAAACGCAUUGCUCUCAAUCACACUGAUGCUAGAGUUGGGGUGUUUUACUGUGGGGCACCAGCACUUACAAAGGAGCUAAGAAAGCUAGCUUCAGAUUUCUCUCACAAGACCUCCACAAAAUUUGACUUUCAUAAAGAAAACUUUUGACUUCAAUGGAAGAGAAAUAAGAUUUGAAGAAGCAGUAGAUCAUCCCAAUCUCUCCUAUGUAAAGCUAAAGUUGGUGUUCUUGGUUUUCUAGUGCUACUUUUACAGCAUGAGUUUGCAAUUAUUAAACUUGAUAAUUGUCCCACCACCAAUCUCUCCUAUGUGACAUAUCAUGAGUGAAAGUAGAUGCAGGCAGGCAGAAGAUAGUGGAAUUGGGAAUGGUCCUGUUUGGAUUGGUGGCCACCUUCCACUAAACUUGGAUAAGGUAGAAGUUCUUCCACCAAACGUGGAUGAGGUAGAAGCCGUUUUGGGAUGAACAAAUUAUGUCAUCCUUCCGUCAGUAUAGCUAGUUGUGGUCCAAUUCAAGGUAUUUGUUGAUUCAUAAGAGGUAUAGGGAUGUGCUUAGUUAAUGGGUGGGUGAAAUUGGAAAUUUACCAACCACCAACCUAAAUAUUGACUCAUAUAUGUUUUGGUCGACGUUGAUAUAAAUAUGUAUAUUAUUAUUAUGUCAAUAAUAAAGUUGUUCGCAUGACCUUUAGCUGAAA